AUGAAUGAUGGAGAAGGAGCAACAGCAUAUAUAGAUUUUUCAACAAAGGUACAGGAUAUUGAUACAGAUAUCAAAAUUCUUGAGACAAGUACACAUGCAUUCAUAUAUAUAAACCAAGGAGAGGAAAGAAUGCAUUUGUACGACGAAUCACUUAAGAAUGAAAUUUCAAGGAGCAAGAUUAGGCCAAAUAAGAAGCUGGUUGUGUUUUGUAGCGUGAGGACACAUGAGGCAUUUAAUGAUAUCAAAAAAAUCAUUCUGGAUAUUUUAACGAAGUAA